GCCGCUGCCAAAGGGGAAGUGAGCUGGGGCUGGAGCAAUGGCCCGGGUCCGGAGCCCGCGGCCGCCGCCGCCGCAGCCGCCAGCGCGUCAGGAGCAGCCGCGGCCGCAGCCGGAGCGGGGGCCGGAGUCGCGGCUGGAGUGGAGGCGGCGCAUGUGAGUUGCCGAGAGUCGCCGGUGCCGGAACACCUCAGACUCUAGGUGGGAGCGCUUCAGGUGGCUGAGCCGCCGUCGCCCCUCCGCACCUCACCCCCAGGCCCAGACAGCAGGGCUGGGGUCUCCCCGGGCGCAGGACUGGCUCCUCUCAGCCCGUGCCCUCCGAGCCGGGCUCUGGGUCUUCCUCGGUCUCAGGCUCCCUUCAAACUCAGGACGGAGGACGGCGAUCACUCCAGACCCGGGCAUCUUCUCGGCGUCCAGGCUGUGUCGGGGUUGUAGCGACUGGGAGCCCCCUCCUGCUGCCACCUGUCCAGCUAGGGAGGGACUAGCGCGUUCCUUGUCUCGCUGUGCACCUCCCCCUCUCCUCCCGUUCAAGAACAAGUUUCUUUUCCCUAUCGAUUGGGAAUCCUGCCCCGGAACUCCAAAACACUCAUCUGUGUGUCCUUCCCCAAUUCCUGGAGCACGCUUAGAAAUAUUAUCUACUUAUCAGGGCUGAGAAUCUCUCGUUCUUGACUUGGCUUCUUAUCCCCUUUGGGAGACAAAGGUUGCCCCCCCCCCCCCUUAACACCCUCUUAACUAACUGACACUCCAUGCUCAGGGCCUUAUCCGUUUGGAUCACCAGCUUCUUGGCCAUCUCUAUGUGACUUCCCCCACCCAUCUGAGUUCCAGUUUCCUCUGGGCUCCAAUCUCCAGCCCUCAGCGGAUCUGGUCGGUCCCACCCCUGGGUGGGAGUGACCGGUGGGCUCUGGCCCAGGAUCCCUCACCCUGGAAGGCAGCUCCAAGGCAGCGAGAGAAUUGGGCUUCGGGUACGAACCGGGCAGCUCCGGAGUGGGUGCUCCACUCACCCCACACAAGAAGAUGAAAAAGCGCAAGGAGCUCAAUGCAUUGAUUGGCUUGGCUGGGGACAGCCGAAGAAAGAAGCCCAAGAAGGGCUCAGGCCACCGCCUGCUUCGCACUGAGCCUCCUGACUCAGCCUCUGAGUCCAGCUCAGAGGAGGAAGAAGAAUUCGGUGUAGGUGGAAAUCGCUCCCGCUUUGUCAAGGGAGACUAUUUACGAUGCUGCAAGAUCUGUUAUCCCCUCUGUGCUUUUGUCAUCCUUGCCGCCUGUGUCGUGGCCUGCGUUGGCUUGGUGUGGAUGCAGGUUGCUCUGAAGGAGGAUCUGGAUGCCCUCAAAGAAAAAUUUAGAACAAUGGAAUCUAAUCAGAAAAGCUCAUUCCAAGAAAUUCCCAAACUUAAUGAAGAACUACUCGGCAAACAAAAACAGCUUGAGAAGAUUGAAUCUGGAGAGCUGGGCUUGAACAGAGUCUGGAUAAACAUCACAGAAAUGAAUAAGCAGAUUUCUCUGUUGACUUCUGCAGUAAAUCACCUCAAAGCCAAUGUUAAGUCAGCUGCAGACUUAAUUAGCCUGCCUGCCACUGUGGAGGGACUUCAGAAGAGUGUAGCUUCCAUUGGAAAUACUCUAAACAGUGUGCACCUUGCUGUGGAGGCAAUACAGAAAACCAUGGAUGAGCACAAGACAACCAUGGAGUUGCUGCAGAGUGAUAUGCAGUUCUUGAAGGAGACCAGUGGAAGCAACCAGAUCAUUCCAUCACCUUCAGCUACAUCAGAACUUGACAAUAAAACUCACAGCGAAAAUUUGAAACAGGAUAGCCUGUACCUUAACAACUCUUUAGAGGAGGGAAACAGUGCCCUAGUAGGAUACCAGAGACAGAGUGAUCUUAAACUCGAGGGGAUGAAUGAGACAGUCAGUAAUCUUUCCCAGAGAAUCAACUUGAUAGAAAGAGAUCUGGUUGCUAUGGGCAAGGUAGAAAAGCAAGUGAACCUCGCUAGUUUCAGCUUUAUGGGUGAUGGAGCUGCCACUCUCAAAAGAGAGUCUUUGCAUCAAGUAACCAAUGGAACUGAAACAGUAAAAACCCAAAGCAUAAAGAAAGAAGAUAGUUCAGAUUCUCAGGUAUCCAAGCUAAGAGAGAAACUACAGCUGAUCAGUGCUUUCACAAACAAACCUGAGAGCAACAGGCCUCCAGAGACCGCCAAUGAAGAGCAAGUACAGAGUUUCACAUCAAAGCCAUCAGCAUUGCCAAAAUUUCCACGAUCUUUUGGAGACCAGGUUGAGAAAGCUGUCCAGCUAAGACCUGUCUCCCUGCCAGGAAUUUCAAGCAUCAAAGAUCUCCAGGAUUUAUUCCACAAGAAUGACCAGGACGUGGAUGGGAAGCUGACCUACCAAGAAAUCUCUAACUCCUUAAGUUCUGCUGUGCCAGAACCAGAGAGCUUGAGAGCAUAUGAUUCCGAUGGAGAUGGAAGAUACUCAUUCCUGGAGCUAAGAGUAGCUUUAGGUGUCUAGCUUCAUCAGGCAUAUUUUAGAAAUUGAUAUAUACCCUGGACUACCUAAUAUCUACUCACCUAACGAAAACAACCCUUUUACUUACCCAUCAGUUCUCCAGACUACUAUAGCAGACACAUUGCCACCUUUUAACUUGUUUGAAAAAGCUAUAUAAAAGUUAUUUUUUUAAAAAAGAAGACCAUUUUAUGUAGAAUAUGAUAUUCAGAAAUCUCUAAUUUCCUGACACCAAGAAGAUCUUAAUUUUAAAAUUGCCGGAAAAAAAGUCAAGCCCUCUUUUUUUCUCUUUUCCUUUUUUUGAGGGGAGGAGACCUUAUCUUUUAAAACUGGAAAAUGUGUAUAUAGAGAGAAUAAGCCACCUUUUAUAUUUCACAUAAAUUUGCCUUAAAUUAGCUGCACUUUAUACAGAGUCAGAAAAUGUGUUUCCUUUAAAAGUUAGACCUUUUCUGUUUGUAAAUAUUUAAAAUGAAAGAAACAAUUGUGCAUAAUUGUGGGAAAUAGAAUGGUUUGAAACAGGAUGUGAACAAAUGACUUGUUAUUAAAAAUCACUAAUCUGAGGUGGUAGCAGCUGAAACUCUGUCCACUCCUCCCUAAGGCAUCUCCUUUAGGUGCUGCCAGGGGGUUUGGCCUGGUGGCUGGGGGAAUAGAUUUAGAGAGUGGACCCAGUGGGGACAGUGUCCUCUCCAGGCUCAGGAAAGUAAAAUUCUGGCUCUUUGUCCCUUCUCCUUAGCUAAUCCCAACCUGUGAACCAGAGAAGUCUUGUCGGGGAUUUUUUUCUCGUUUUUAAUCCUAUUUUAGGGUUUAUGAGCAUACAAAGUUAUCUAGCAGGGAGCUAUAUUUCCCCCCUGAGUGAGCUACGUUAUCUUCCCCGCCCACCCACUCAAGUCUAUCUUAAAGCUGUAGCUGAUUUCCACCUCUGAUACUGUCUUCAUUCUGAAUGACAGAGCUGAAGACCCUCGGUCACUGUUAGCCUGGCUACCUAGGAGCUUUAGAGGAGAGCUAUGCCUCUAACUUUGACCCAGGAAACUCCUUGAGACUUUACCUGGAGGCUAACCAAGAAUCUAAUGUAUCCCUCUUUUGGCUAAGGCCAGAAAGGUUGGGAAAUGAAACACAGGAAACCAUAUUAGGUUUCCUUACAAUUACUAGCCCAGGAGUAGCUAGAGGCUUUCUGUCCAGAGGAUGCCAGACGAUAGCGGGCAGGCUUGGAGCCGGGGGCUUCAUGUGAUGGUAGGAAGUUUUUUCAAAUCUCAUAUAAGCAAGUGCAAUACUUCUUCCUUUAAACACUUCUGUAGGCCUGGUACUAAAGGUCCCUGGACUGGAAGGAAUUAUACCUCCAUGUCACCUAUGUGUGUGCUGUGUUGCUGUUAGAAGCAGUGUUGGGGCAUCACAAAAGGAAAAAACUUUGCAAGACUUAACUGUGCUGGAGGCCAAGUCAGGGAGAAACCAGAGAAGCUUUCAUGGCACAGACUUCUUUAGUAGAGCUCAUUUACAUUUUAACUUUUCCCAAGUUGUCCUGUUAGCCACAAAUGCAGUUGAGCACCCUUAAAUAUUUAAGGGCUGGUGUUUUUCUUUAUAUCAUGUUCAGCUUGGUGUUGGCUAAGCUUUUAGAAGCUUUUUUUCCUAGAAGUAUUAAAAUUUAAUUAAAGCAAGAUGAAGUCUUUUCCCAUGAAUGUGUCUGCUUACCUCAUUAUGGCUUAUGCUUCUCUUUCUUUUAAAAAGAAAAUUUCCCAGCCCACCUGAGCUUUCUCUUUCUUGGAAAGGUUAACAUAUAGUGUAAAAUUAACCUGGCACUUUAGGUAACUUGAAGAUAACUCUUACUCUUCUGGCUGCCUUCCAUGCCCCUCCUUUUUUUAAUAUAUAUGCCCUUACAGAUUUUGUAACAACCAAAUAAAAUUCUAGCAAUAAAUUGAAUUAUACUGCUAUAUUUGUAUAUACUGUACCAUAAAUAGUAUGUCUGUACCUGGAAGGUAUUUUUUUGAGAACUGAUUUAUAUGAAAUAUACUUGAGGGUAAUGUAGCUUGUCCUUUUUACUUUCAAAUUCUUAUUCAUAGGCAGAUACUUUGAGAACACCUUAACUCUUUGUUGUAUGUACUUUUCUUUUGCUUCAGACAUCUACACAUGGAGAAGGCAGUUUUGUUCUUUGUUAUCUGUUCUUCCCACCUCGAGCUUGUCUGGCUAGCCUCAUCCCUGAGCCAGCUGUAUUAGCACCAUCCUUUCCCCUUCCCAAAUUUGGCAGAGGUGUUCAUGCUACACUCUUAGACUGGUGAAUACCUUGUCAUACUGCCUAAGAAAGUAUCCCAUGUCCCAGGCAGAGCAAGGGCAUCUUGAACUCCUUGGUUCUAAGUUGAGCAGACUCGUUGGCUUAAGAAAAGAACUCCGUAAGCCUAUUAUCCAGUGUUAAUUUGGGAUCUUUAUUUGUAUGUGGCUUGACUUACCCAACCUGUGACUUGAGCUGUAGUCAAGCCUCACCUGCCACAUCUCAGCUCUAAGAGGGAGGUUGAGUCGUGGCGGUGAGUUUGAUUUUGGUUUUCAUUUCAGAUACUUUUACUUUUUCACUUUGGCAGCUCCUGCUGCUGCUUUCCUAAGUUAUCCCAAUCACUGCUUCUGGGUCCUUUUUUCUUUUGCCUUGUACUGUUAUACUGUUUACUUAAAGAGCCUCUUCAUAAAUCAGAGAAGCAAAAAGGAGAAGAACCAAAAGAAGAGAGAACCUGGUUUAGGGAUGACUAGUGUCAUCUUAAGGGCAGAGAAGGGCCUGGCACUUAGGAAUAUGUCUGAUACAGCAACACCGAAGAGUGGACGCCCUUCAUCUGCUACCGGUUACCGUCUCUUCCAUUGGCGCUUCCUCACUUUACGUGGCUGGACUUAACCCAGUCAGCCCCCCUCAUUGGUCUUGCUGGUCACAGUUGAAGAUUUUGACUGUGAUGGGCUCACACUCCUAAUGACCUGCUGUUGAGUUGUUUUUAGUGACAGCUUUUGUUUGCUACACACCUCAUUGGCUUGCUUGCCAACACCAGCUAGAUGUGGUUUCUCCUCUCAUAUCCAAACCAGAACACAUUUGGGUAUUCCUGAGAUUUUACAGAGCGUGUAUUGUUUGUUAUACGAACCUAAGCUACCUUGUUGUUUUCUCAUAUUAAGAAAUGUAAAUCUACUUUGCUUUAGUGGAGCUAUUUUGGUAAUGUAUAAGCAAUUUUGGUUCUAUUUAGGGAGUGAAUUCAAGGUUUCCAUGACUUGAUUUGAGCUUUGCUUAGUUCAUAUCAGUAAUACAGACAUUUUAAUUUAUCUAAAUAAAACAUUUUCUUUUUCUCCCA